UAAGCAACUAGUCAGAAUGAUCUAGCUCAGAAAUAGAAUUAGCCAAGGAAUCUUGACCUUCCCACAGAAUGGAUGCCAAAAGAAUUUGUUCAUCCUCGGACAUAGCCCCUCCGAAAGACCCCUCGGAGGAAACUGUUGACGACGGGAAACAUGUUGUCCACCGUUUUCAGGAACUUUUUGAGAGUGAAAACUUGAGUGACAUUGUUCUAGUGGUUGGCCUGACUCGGUACUCCGUGCACAAGUUUGUUUUAAUCACAGCAAGUGACGUUUUUCAAGCCAUGUUGAAUGAGAACCAGUGGCAUGAGGCCAACCAGCCAGAGGUCACACUUACAGAGGAAGAGGAAUGCUUGCCUGUAUUUAGGGACUUUUUAAGAUAUCUGUACUGUGGCAGCGUGACAUUGACCACUUCCACAGUGCUGCCUGUGUUAAUCCUUGCAGACAAGUACUGUAUACCCUCGCUGUGCGAGUCCUGUGUUCAGUACAUGUCACAGCAUGUCGUUGAGUCCCCAGACACAAAUCGAACCCUAUCAUGGUACCAGUAUGCCAAAAUCAGGGGCUACGAAAAGCUAAAAGAGGAGACUUUUAGAUUCAUACUAUCAAAUUUUCACAUUGUUCAGAACUCUCCUGAUUGGUUGGUGCUGAACAAGUUCGAAGUUCAGGAGUUUUUGAGUAGUUCAGACAUUGUGGUGGAGAGCGAGUACAUCUUGUGGAGGAAAUUAGCAGAAUGGUUUGGUCAUCAAGAUGACAUUGCUGGGGUGCUGAAAGAGUUGCUGCCCUUGGUGCGAUUUUCCCUGAUGACGCCAAAACAGUUGUACGACAUUGAGAGCUCUGAUCUGUACAAAGAGAAUCAUCACGUGUUUAGCGAGAAGUUUCUGCAGGCAUACCGACGACACUCUCUUCUCAGCGAGGAUGUGGAAAAGCUGUCCAACACAAUGCAUGAACCUCACAGAAACUACAGUGCACCUAGUUACGGCAUCUCCUGCCCUUUGACCUUGAUAAAUUACCAGGUGAAGGCCAAAAUUGACAGCAAGAUAAUCGUGGACAACUUCAAAGUUCCUCUCCAGUUCAAUCCUUCCAGCAACACCACUGAUCAGGCCAAGGCCUCGUUUCAUGUGGAGUUUUUCCCAAAGGGGUACUUUCAGCCACACAUGUUAUACCAGACCUACCUUGGAAAACACAACGAAAAGACAACUCUUGUCGUACGUCGCAUGAACCCCAUCCUUACGCCCGAAGUUGUGACCGUUGAGGUUACAAUGGUCAUUUAUGGAAAGAAAAACCAGGUUCAGUAUGUUGCCCACUCUGUGACAAAGACCCACCAUUUCUGUGAGAAAAGCCGCAAACUGGAGAUAGAGGACGUGAUAUCCAUUGAAAAGCUCCAGGAGAAUAACUCCCGCUACCUUGUCAACGGGCGCUUCGAGGCCACUUUGUUUCUCAAGGUCAUCGACGUCCAUGAUACCAAAGAUGGAAACAAAAAGUAAAGAACUGAUACCAAAUCGUAAAAAAAUAAUAACGGGGAAAAAAUUGGUGUAAGGACUAAAAUUGACUGUUUAUGUAUUAACGUGCAUGAUGGUUGGUUCUCUUACUAUUCCAUAUUGUAAGAGGGGCAAAAAUCACAUAUUGUAGUGAUUUAUUAAAUAUUUUUAUAUAUUUCAGAAAUAUUUUUUAUGAUAUUGAUAUUGAAUAUCCAAUUAUUUAGAUAUCAAUGUCAAUGAAUUUAGAUUUGUGUGUACUAGCAGCAUGUGUUAGAGGGUAAAAUGCCACAACUUUUAAUAAGCAUUACCGUAUAUUUAUAUAUAUGCAUGCUAGAUAAAAUAGUUCAUCAUUUGUGUGUAUAUGUAAGGUGUAUUGAUUUGUAAGAUUUUACAACAUCUUAUGAAUCUGACUGCAUUGUAGAUUUUGUUUCCGCUGAAUUCUUUUUAUGUACAUUAAUACAUUGUAUGUAUACAUUGAUAAGCUACAAUCUUACAUUGCUUUUUGAAAAAAUUGAUGGUUUCUUUGGCCCAACCUUUUCAGCUUUGAAUUUUUAAUUACAAUCAUGUAUAUCUGUCUCAGGUUUGAUGAAAUUUUGCUAAAAAGUCAAUUUAAUGUUUAUUUACAUGCCUUAAUUGAAAGGUGACUGUUUCUUUCCGUGGGAGAGGGUUUGAUAUAGACUAUGCCUAUCACCCAAUUCAUUUGAUGAUUAGAUUAAAUUAAAGGUAUCUGUACUGUAGCAUGUGUGGAUCGGGGGAUUCGAUAACCCCCACCCUCAAGGAAAAUUCAAAUUUAGUAAAUUUUCAUUGUAAAUUGACCGAAAAAGGCCUCUGGCUCCCCCUGGCAGACACAAUUAUCCCUGGGACCUCCCUGAAAUCAAUUUUAAAAUUAUGUGUUUUUGAUACACUUAUGACAAUUUUUUGGUCAUACCUUUUAUAGACUAAAUAAAGUAGGAAAUUUUGAAUGUUGAUUAAAAAAAUCAACAUUGGUUUAUAUGUCUAAUCCGACAAGCUGAUUGAUGGAUGUAUUUGUUAGUUAUAACAUUUAGUUUAAGAGGGCUCAAUGGUUAUGGUCUUUUUUAGACUGUAAUGAUCUCCUCUCAUUAAAGAGCUCUUUAUAUAAAUAGAGAAAAAAUAUCCAAAUUUAAGGUACCUCACUACACCUACACUUAUACUUUUUAAGACACAAGAUGGCGAUUUAAAAGUUCUUUUAAACUGUUUAUAUCGUUCAGUUUGGUUGUAUAUCGUAGUAGCUCAGUGGUUAAAGAAUUGGGCUUCUGAGCCACACAUCAUGGGUUCGAAUCCGCCUGGAGCUUUUGUUUAUGUUAACUGAAUCAAAUUUUUGAAAAUGUAGUUUUUCAUCCAAAAUUGCAUAUUUUUUGGCAUAUUAGACUUCUUAUCCAUUAUGAUAUCUAUCAUAAUCAAGUAAUUUUCUGCUGAUUUGAGAAAAUAUUUCACGGUGUAGUGAGCCACCUUAAAAGGUAAAAUUCAUGUAUUAUAGAUUAUUUCUUUACUCAGUGAUUGUUCAUAGCUUAACAAUUGUCUUCAAAAUUUUAAGGUAGACCUGAUGGUUAAUUUGUUGACCAUCCAGCCUCCUUAAUGUUCGUUGUCAUUUUUUUUAUUUCUACAUCUAGAAAACCAUACUAGAUAUUUUUAGAUUUCAAAUGUGUAUUUAUUUUUAAAUAAAAAAUUCUUAUAUUUCUGCAGAUCAUAACAUUUUUACUUUGAAGGAAAUAUUUCAGCAUGUAUAAAAUUUUCAUUACAUAAAAGCAUGUACCGGUACUAUUUUUUUUCCUAGUCUGACAUGAUUAUCAUACAAAAUAUUGUUUUUUUUAUUAAUUUUAUAGUUGAACUACAUAUUUUUUAUGGUGCUGACCCCCCCCCCCCCCUCCCCCAAUAGAGCUGAACUUGGUAAAUGGGUGUAUUUUCAAAAUCUUAACUUUUUUGUAUUGUCUAAAUUUAAUGUGUUCAAUGUAUACCAAAUGUACAUGUAUAAUUGUAUCUAAGGCGUAAACAAAAAUUCCAAGGGUAAUAAAUAGACUUAUAUACCAAUACGUUGUGUAUUCAUGUGCAACUGUUUUUUGCUGCUUCCAGUUUUUUGUUCUGUGUUCAUGCUUAUACUGAAGUUGAUCUGCUUAGAAAAUAGAUGUUUAUUGAUGUUAUUACUUUUAUAUCCUCCCUUUUCAUACUAAGUAGAUAUGGAGAUUUUCUUUACUAGAUAAAAUAAUCCAUUAUUUUUGACGAUUGCUUUACUUUUGACAUUAGACUUUUUUUUUAAUGUAAAUUGUACUAUUCUGUAGUAUUUUCAAUUCAUGCCUUAUUUCUGAC